UUUCUCUCUCAAAUCUCUGUUUCUCUUCAAUGGCGACGAAACUCAUAAUCAAGAAAUCAACAAAAUCAAUCAACCGUCACCAACGAAACUACCUUCUCCGUCACCGGAAAACCCAAAUCGGAUGCACACCAUCUCCGGCGACGACCACCGUAAUCGCCUCCAUCAACAAAUCGAUCUACAAAUGUCACCGAAGCAUCCUCUGCUUAUUUUCCCGCCUCGAAUACCGUCCCAGAACCAAAGGAUUCAAAAUCCUCAAAACCCGAUCCGAUUCCGAUUCCAUUUCCAAACCGGCCGGUUAUCGAGCUCCGUACUCGCUAAUCCACGACAGAUCCGGUAAAUCAUUCGACGAGACGAAGAAGACGAUCGUUCUAGAUCUAGACGAGACGCUUAUCCACUCGCAAUUGGAGAAACCCGAUGUACCGUACGAUUUCGUCGUGAGGCCCAGAAUCGACGGUCAGAUCUUAACCUUCUUCGUGAUCAAACGGCCAGGAGUCGACGAUUUCUUGAAGAAGAUCGGAGAAAAGUACCAGAUCGUCGUUUUCACGGCGGGUUUGAGAGAAUACGCAUCGCUCGUGCUCGAUAAAUUGGAUCCGGAGCGGCGCGUGAUAUCGCGAAGCUUUUACAGAGACGCGUGUAGCGAGAUCGAUGGGAGGUUAGUGAAGGAUUUAGGGUUUGUGACGAAGGAUUUGAGGCGCGUGGUGAUUGUUGACGAUAAUCCAAACGCUUACGCGCUUCAACCGGAGAACGCGUUUCCGAUUAAACCGUUUUCUGAUGAUUUGAAUGAUAUUGAGCUGAAGAAGCUUGGUGCGUUUUUGAAUGGUGAUUGUGAUAAGUUUGAAGAUAUGAGAGUUGCUUUGAAAGAGUUCGUUGGAAAAGAUGAAUGAUUUUUUUUUUGGGGGGUUAAUUUAUGAGUUUUGAUUAGUUGAUUUUGAUUAUAUUUUGUAUUAGAGGAUUGAUU